GUUUUCGAUUGUCAAGUUUUAUGACUGUUCUCCCCCAUGGCCCGACUGAUUGGACUGGCUGGGCAGCGCUUCGCCGAAGAAGUUUCCUGACGUGAUUCGCGGCCUUGCAAUGUGCAGAGGUGCCGGCAUGGGCGUGGGCGUGUUUUGUAGAAACAGAAUACAGUGUUGUCCGGUCUCGCCCCCAUGUCCCACCGUAUCCCUCCCCCGCAUUGGGGCUCAAGGGGACAUUCACCCGAGCCUCCCUCCCGCCUUCCUUGUCAUCCCUCUUAUCCUUGUACUCCCCCCCCGAAUGAGCUUCCGCUCGAACCCGCUCUGCCUCAGACGAGCGGUUGUUGCUCGAGGUGCUCGAGGUGGACGUUGGGAGCGCGAGAGCGAUGGCUGACGCUCUGGAGAGCAUCCGCCGGUCGGGCCGCUACCUGAGGCACGAUUGGACCGUCAGAGUGAACCCCGACGCGGUGUUCUUGCCUGGCCGGCUGAAGCACCGACUCCGGGCCCUGCACCCACCUGCAGGAGAGGCCGUGUACAUUCAGAGUUGGGAGCGUCUCUCCCAGUUCGGCGCUGCUCUGACCGUGUUCAACACGCAGGCACUUGAGGUCUACUUCGAGCGCGGUUCGGUCUGCGCUCGGCGCAUUUCGCGCCAAAGCGGGAAGGACACGUUCGUGAGGGAGUGCCUGGACUCGCUGGGCGCCCUCGAGUUGGUGGACGCCGCGCUGGUCCUGAGCAGUUCGCCCCUGGGGGCUCACGCCUGCAAGCACAACAAGACUUGCGAGUUCGACCACGUCGACACCUCUGUUUGCGCGGACAUUCGGCCUGUCGCGUUCAGUGCCUACAAGGAGGAGGCUUGGGACCGCUGCUUGGCCGUCGCCAUGGCGGGUUUGGUCUCUCGUGCAUGAUGGCAUAGACGCCCCCCACGCCUGCACGCGGGAUCCGGUCCACGCCGUGAGCACGCCCAAGCGCGCAGCGCGGCUUUCGAUCUCCCCCUCAAUUCGAGCGCGCUUCCCCGUGCAGGCAGGCGCCCCAUUCGGGCUCCAGCUGCGUGGGCGAAGCCGGAAUCUCGGCGGUCGGCCAGGAGUGCACGUCUCGCCGAUGAAUUUGGCGCGCGUCUCCCGCCAGCUUCCGCGGCCGAGGGGGCCCUCGGGCCCUCCUGCCGGGAGAUCGCCGUCGGGCUCGCGCGAGCGCGCGACGAGGCGCUGCCUCGCGGUCCGCUCGCCAAGUUGAUGAAGCCUCGUCUCUCUCUCUCUCUCUGCCCGCUCGGCGGGCGGAAUGCUCAGGGGGGCGGAGGCGGCGCGAAAGAA